CAGGUGACAGCUAAUGGCGGCGGCCUCCUGACGCGAGUGGCCCGGCGGCGGAGCAGGGCGGCAGAGGGCGCAUCGCGGAGCCGGGCCGGCGGCCGCUACACUCUGCACUCCGGACUGCGGUUCACCGGAGGCGCCCGGCUUGACGCGUCAUGGACAGGCCGGUGGCGGCGGCAGCCGCGGCGGCGGCGAGCUGCGAGAGCGCUGGGGGCCCGGGUCCAGGGCCGGCAGCGGGCUGGAGAUCCUCUCGGGUUGUGGGGGGCGCUUCGGCCGGCUCCCGGCAGCCCAGCAUGGAGACCCUAGACAGCCCUACAGGAUCACAUGUUGAAUGGUGUAAACAGCUUAUAGCUGCUACAAUUUCUAGUCAGAUUUCAGGUUCAGUGACAUCAGAAAAUGUGUCCAGAGAUUACAAGGUUUUCAGGAGGCCUGAUACCAGGAAUAUUCAUAAAGCAAGACAAAGAUUGGAGAUAGAGGAAGAACACAAUGGCUACCCUUCUGAAGCUGAAGCUGAUCAGGCUUUACGGGAUGGAAAUAAACUGGCACAGAUGGAAGAAGCUCCACUUUUUCCAGGAGAAUCAAUUAAGGCCAUUGUGAAAGAUGUCAUGUAUAUCUGCCCAUUUAUGGGAGCAGUGAGUGGGACCCUGACAGUGACGGAUUUUAAAAUGUACUUCAAAAACGUAGAAAGGGACCCACAUUUCAUCCUUGAUGUUCCCCUUGGAGUGAUCAGCAGAGUUGAGAAGAUUGGUGCCCAGAGCCAUGGGGAUAAUUCUUGUGGUAUAGAGAUCGUGUGCAAGGAUAUGAGAAACCUGAGACUUGCAUAUAAGCAGGAGGAACAACGAAAACUUGGGAUAUUUGAAAACCUCAACAAGCAUGCUUUUCCUCUUUCUAAUGGGCAGGUGCUAUUUGCAUUCAACUAUAAAGAAAAGUUUCCAGUUAAUGGCUGGAAAGUUUAUGAUCCAGUAUCUGAAUAUAAGAGACAGGGAUUGCCAAAUGAAAGUUGGAAAAUAUCCAAAAUAAACAGUAAUUAUGAAUUCUGCGAUACCUACCCUGCCAUCAUUGUUGUGCCAACUAGUGUAAAAGAUGAUGACCAUUCAAAAGUGGCAGCCUUUCGAGCAAAAGGCAGAGUCCCUGUUUUAUCAUGGAUUCACCCAGAAAGUCAGGCAACGAUUACACGUUGCAGCCAGCCACUGGUGGGUCCCAAUGAUAAACGCUGCAAAGAAGAUGAAAAAUACCUACAGACAAUAAUGGAUGCUAACGCACAAUCACAUAAACUCAUCAUCUUUGAUGCCCGACAAAACAGCGUUGCUGAUACCAACAAGGCAAAGGGUGGAGGAUAUGAAAGUGAAAGUGCUUACCCCAAUGCAGAACUUGUGUUUUUGGAGAUCCAUAAUAUUCAUGUGAUGAGGGAGUCACUUCGUAAAUUAAAGGAGAUCGUGUACCCUUCCAUUGAUGAGUCACGGUGGCUAUCCAGUGUGGAUGGGACACAUUGGCUGGAAUAUAUAAGGGUGCUGCUUGCUGGGGCAGUACGAAUUGCUGAUAAAAUAGAAUCUGGGAAAACUUCCGUGGUGAUCCACUGCAGCGAUGGCUGGGACCGAACAUCCCAGCUCACAUCUCUGGCAAUGCUGAUGUUGGACAGUUAUUACCGGACCAUUAAAGGAUUUGAGGCUCUCAUAGAAAAGGAGUGGAUAAGCUUUGGACACAGGUUUGCACUGAGAGUGGGCCAUGGUGAUGACAACCAUGCAGAUGCUGACCGAUCACCUAUAUUUCUUCAGUUUAUUGAUUGUGUUUGGCAGAUGACAAGACAGUUUCCUUCAGCAUUUGAAUUUAAUGAAUUAUUCUUGAUUACAAUUUUGGAUCACCUCUAUAGCUGUCUUUUUGGAACCUUUUUGUGCAACUGUGAACAACAGCGCAUCAAAGAGGAUAUAUAUACAAAGACUAUAUCUUUAUGGUCUUAUAUUAAUAGCCAGCUAGAUGAAUUUUCAAAUCCCUUCUUUGUGAAUUAUGAGAACCAUGUGUUAUAUCCUGUUGCUAGUAUGAGUCACUUGGAAUUGUGGGUAAAUUAUUAUGUACGAUGGAAUCCACGGAUGAGACCACAGAUGCCAAUUCACCAGAAUCUCAAGGAGCUGCUGGCUGUCAAGGCUGAGCUGCAGAAGCGUGUGGAAGAUCUGCAGUGGGAGGUGGCCACACGAGCCAUCUCAGCUUCUGAGAGAGGCUCCUCGCCUACCCACUCGGUCACUCCUGUCCACACCUCAGUCUGAUGAACAAGGCCAGUGUCCUGGGCCAACCAUCCUUCUGCUCUACUGUCUUCCAGCAGCUCAGGGACCUGGCCAAUGAUUUUAUGGUUCUAGUUGUCAUCUUAGGAUUAGGUCCAGAGACCAUUUGUGUGGCUAGGUGACAGCUCCUAUUAAUGAGUUCUUUUAUGUGAACAGCCUGUGACUUUCUUGAGGGCAGUCUCACAGGGGCAUAAGAUGUGACACCCACCCUGUGAGCUACCUUGUCUUGUACAGGUAGCUUGGGAAAAACUAGAUUGAAUACAGUGUGGUAUUUCAGCUUAAGAGAAUCUCCUACUACUUCUUUCCAAGUUAAGUCCUUUGUUAGGAACAACCUGUUCACGUAUAGAACACAUCACAAGCCAUGUGGCUUCUCUCAGCCUUUCAGCACAAUUUGAAAACUGGUUCUAAAUGAAAUGCUAGUGUGGCAAAUGGACCACUGCCACUUGUUCUACAGUUAUCUUCAUGCAAGAAGUCCUCCUGUACAAUUGGUACAAUAUGUACUGUUGUGUACAUACAGGUAUUUUUUAAAGAGAAACAUGCCUUUAUUUUCCU